GCCUAAAAAAUCACUCUAUCAGUCAUUUUAGUCGUGUCAUAGCCAUAAAAAAUUACUUUAACACAAGGAAUCCCAGAUUCGAAAUUCCCUUGUUUAUGUGCAUCAAGUUGAUUACACCAUCUGGGUGACAUUUUUGUCGUCGCUUUCUCUUGUAGCUAUGCCUCCCAAAGUUGUUUCUGGUAAAGCCGCCAAAAAGUCAUCGAAAGUUAAGACGCCAAAGUCUGAGAAGAAGAAAAAAAGGAGGAGGAAGGAAAGCUAUGCCAUAUACAUUUAUAAAGUGCUACGACAAGUUCACCCUGAUACCGGGAUUUCAUCUAAGGCAAUGUCAAUAAUGAAUUCAUUUGUUAACGAUAUUUUUGAGAGAAUAGCUGCUGAAGCCAGUCGUUUAGCUCAUUAUAACAAGAAGUCUACCAUUACAAGCCGUGAGGUGCAAACUGCCGUCCGUUUACUUCUACCUGGAGAACUGGCGAAGCACGCAGUUUCUGAAGGUACAAAGGCGGUUACCAAGUAUAGCGGAUCGAAGUAAAAUUAUAAAUCGCAUCUGUAACAUUUCAAAUCAUCAAUAAAUUCAUUUCCAUCACUUUAAAUAUGUUGAUCUGCUUAAAAUUAGAGUCAAGAUCAAUUCGUUGCAUUGGUUGGAAGUUCGGCGAAGAUAGUGUCUUACUUCCGCCUACUAUGUGACUUCACUAUGUUCUUGCUCAUCAUGCAGUCGAGCUUGUUUGCCACCAGAUUUGUAGGUCAUGUCAAGGUUUGUGUCCGUC